UGCUUGCAAUCACACUGUUGACUCCCUGACGGUGUUGUCGUCAUUCACAACAACAUCACUGAGCUUGGAUCUGUAACAUUUCACCAUGUGCAGAGGACUUGCAACACUUCCUGCUACCUGCUUGAAAAGUGCCAAAGACAUCAAACAUAAAAUAAGCUUCUUACUCCAGAAGCCUGAACCCCAUUCAGCCGAUCAGAAGCAGAUAAAAGAGGAGAAGGCGGCUGCUGCUGCAGCAUCGAGGGUGCCCACUGCAGCCGAGAUGGAGAAAUGGAAGGAGUCUUUCAGCCAUGUAAUGAGCAGUGAAAUGGGUCGUACUGUCUUCACCAAGUUCCUGAAGUCAGAGUUUAGCGAGGAGAACAUGGACUUCUGGAUCGCCUGCGAAAACUACAAGGUGUCCACACCUUCCAAGAUGUCGACCAGAGCCAAGAAGCUCUACCAGCAACAUGUGGUGGCAGAUGCUCCCAAUGAGGUGAACUUGGAUGCUGCGACCAGGGAGGACACGAGGCUGAACGUUCAGAACGCCUGCCCGGCUUGUUUCAAUGAGGCUCAGAAGAUGAUCUACACCUUGAUGGAGAAGGACUCCUACAGGCGAUUCCUCAAAUCCAAACUGGUCCAGGAUCUGUGUCGGACAUGCAUCACAAGUGAUGUGAAAAAAAAUACUAACUGUUGCAAGCACACGUAAAGUGGCGGUGCUUAAACAGCAAGCGAACGUGGAAGACUAGAGCAUCGACUGUGAAUGUAAGGGGGUAAACACUGGAAAAGUUUGGCAUUGUUUUUGUGUUAAGUUUUUAUAGAAUAGAAAAACCAGUGGUUUACAAGAUUGUUUUCUGCUUUUAUAUUUUUCCUGGAAGCUUUUGCAUGGUUUGGUCAGUUGUAUGUUGCAUAUACCUGAACUGUUUUUAAUCAUUUCGCAUUCACCAUUAGGUGUCAUGUAUGUUUUCGAAUCAUUUUACAUGUCAAGAUACAAUAUACAUACAGAGAGUGUUAAAAUGUUUGCACACAAUGCUAAACACAACCUGCUGUCCAAGUCAGGACCAGGUCAUGUUGAUACUACAACAGGAAACUAAAGCUACCACGGCCAAGAGACACACCUACAAACAACCCUGCUGCAGGUUGUCACUGGAAAAGUGUGAAGGAUUUGUUUUGAAUAAAAACGAUGUAAACUCUUUAUUUUACUGUAAAAUAUCAAGUUCUUUAUAAGAAUGACCCAGAGCAACCCAGAAAAUGUACACUGAGUAAUCAGUCAUAAGAUUAUGAACCUAUCAGUAUUUAAACUCCAGUGUUUAAUUAUGAUGAUGAUCUGUAGCCAGGAAUAAGUGAUUGUUUAUGUUUUGGAACUAUUAAAGGAAUCAUUAUGUAUUCAUCUGCCGUUCAAUGAGUCCUUUAGUUAGUGUAGACCCAGUAGAGUCGUUAUAUUGACUGAUAUAAACAAUUCAGUGCCACUUACCCAUUAGUUCUUUUUCAUUUUCUACUUUAUCACAUGUGCUUACAACAGCAGACUGAAGAUAUUGAUGUACAUGUUCUUUUCACCUCAAGUGAGUGAGUUAUUGAUCAAGAAACCUGCUAUAUAUCUGGCAUAACCAUAACAACACCUGUCUGUGCUGUAAAAACAUCUUGACAAAAGCCGUGCACCGUGCAGAUGUUCUUCUUCUAGUCGGAAUUUUAAGCAUGUGCUAAUACAAUUGUAAUUGUACAAGUCUAAUUGUAGUAUUGAUUUUACUGUUGCGUGCCUUGUUGUCGUCACGAUCUGUUCAGAUGUCCUUUGUGCAGGUUAUUAAUAGUAUCUAACUCAAUAUAUUUUGGUGGUCUUGCAUACUGAAAUAUUUUAUCAAAUGUAAAGUGAACCAGAUACUGUGUGUUGAUAUUUAUUAAGUCGUUGUCUUAUUUAUAUCAUAUAUAUAUGACUGUUCACAAAUAAAAUGAUCUGUUGGAUAACGA